AUGGCGUCAAAUGAUGACUGUACACAAACUCUACACGCACACAGCGGUAAAAUUUACUCGGUCGCUUUCUCACCCGACAACAGACUAGCGGCGUAUUCAGAGGGUAAAAAUGUCACGAUCUGGGACCUUGACAAUGACAAGCGCCUCAAUAUAUUCACAGGCCAUGGAGACUAUGUCUACUCGAUUGCCUUCUCCCCCGAUGGCAAGCGUGUGGCAUCGGGUUCAAAGGAUAAAACGAUCAAGGUCUGGGACCUCGACAGUGACAAGUGCCUCAAUACAUUCACAGACCAUGAAGACUAUGUCUACUCGGUCGCCUUCUCCCCCGAUGGCAAGCGUGUGGCAUCGGGUUCAAAGGAUAAAACGAUCAAGGUCUGGGACCUCGACAGUGACAAGUGCCUCAAUACAUUCACAGACCAUGAAGACUAUGUCUACUCGGUCGCCUUCUCCCCCGAUGGCAAACGUGUGGCAUCGGGUUCAAAGGAUAAAACGAUCAAGAUCUGGGAUCUGAACCGUAACAGCAGCCCCAAAACGCUUAAAGGUCACAGUGACCAUGUCAAUUCGGUCGCCUUCUCAUUUGACGGGGCCCGUCUGGCAUCAGCGUCUGACGACAAAACAAUUAAAAUUUGGCAUAUCAACAGCGGCCGAUGCUUUAAGACAUUUGAAGGGCAUACUAAACCCGUCAGAUCGGCUGUCUUCUCUCCAGAUGGGACAAGUAUAGCAUCGGGUUCGGAAGAUACAAUGAUGAAAAUCUGGAAUAUCGAUCGUGACCACUGCUUCAAGACAUUCAAUGGCCAUAAUCAAGGAGUCGAAUCAGUUGCUUUCUCCUCCGACGGCAAACGUGUGGCAUCGGGUUCGGACGAUAAAACAAUUAAAAUAUGGAAUGUGCACAACCGUAGCUCGGUAAAGACGCUCGAAGGCCACAGCCACUCAAUUAACUCAGUUGCUUUCUCACCCAACGGCACACGUGUUGCAUCGGGCUCAGAUGAUAAUACAAUCAAAAUCUGGAAUGCCGACGGCUGCCUCAAGACAUUCAACGGCCAUGAUGAAGCAGUCAGAUCCGUCGCCUUCUCCCCCGACGGCAAACGUGUGGCAUCAGGUUCAGUCGAUCAAACGGUCAAGAUCUGGGAUCUUAGCAAUGACGAGUGCCUCAAGACAUUCACAGGUCAUGGUGGCUGGGUCAGAUCAGUUGCCUUCGCACCUAACGGCACCUAUCUGGCAUCAGGUUCAGACGAUCAAACGGUCAAGAUCUGGGACGUUGAUAGUGACAAGUGUCUCAAGACACUCACAGGCCAUAAGGACUAUGUCUACUCGGUCGCCUUCUCCCCUAAUGGCACCCAUGUGGCAUCGGGUUCAAAGGAUAACACGGUCAAGAUCUGGGAUCUGAAUAGCGAAAACUAUAUAGAUACAUUUAAUGAGCAUAAUGACCAUAUCCAUUCAGUUGCCUUCUCCCCCGACGGCACUCAUGUGGUAUCGGGUUCAGACGACAAAAAAGUGAAGCUCUGGAAUAUUAAUAGCAACAUCUCUCUGAAGACAUUCGAAGGCCAUACCAACGGGAUCCGAUCCGUCGCCUACUCACCUGACGGCACAUUCUUGGCAUCGAGUUCAGAUGAUAGAACAAUUAAGAUAUGGCAUAUCGAUAGUGGCAAGUGCUUUAUCACGUUUGAAGGUCAUAAUGCAGGAAUAAGAUCAGUUAACUACUCGCCUGAUGGCACACAUGUGGUAUCAGGUUCUGACGAUAAAGUCAUCAAGAUAAGUUAUGUUAACGGUGGCAAAUGUCUCAGGACAUUCAAUGGAUCCUUUACCAACUCGUUCGCCUUCUCGCCCGAUGGCAACCAUGUGGCUUCUGUUUUAGGCUUUCAGACAGUCGAUUCAACGAUCAAGAUCUGGGACCUGAACUGCAACAGCUACCUGAAGACAUUGAGAGGCCAUAGCAAGGGUGUCUAUUCAGUUACCUUCUCACCCAGCGGCACCCAUCUGGCAUCAGGUUCAGCCGAUCAAACGGUCAAGAUCUGGGAUCUUAACAAUGACGAGUGCCUCAAGACAUUUACAGGCCAUGGUAGUACGGUCAGAUCAGUUGUCUUCUCAUCUAACGGCACCUAUCUAGCAUCAGGUUCAGCCGAUCAAACGGUCAAGAUCUGGAAGAUUAACAGUGACGAGUGUCUCAAGACAUUCACCCAUGGGGGCUCUGUCUCCUCCGUCGCCUUCUCCCCUAACGACAUCUAUCUAGCAUCAGGUUCAGACGAUCAAAUGGUCAAGAUCUGGAAGAUUUACAGUGGCAAGUGUCUCAGGACACUCACCCAUGGGGGCGCUGUCUCCUCCGUCGCCUUCUCCCCCGACGAUAAACAUAUGGCAUCGGGUUCGAGCGAUAAAACAGUGAAGAUCUGGGAUUUUGAUAAUGGCCAGUGCCUUAAAACGUUUAAAGGUCAUAAUAGGCGUGUCGGAUCAGUUGCCUUCUCACCCAACGGCACCCAUUUGGCAUCAGGUUCAGAGGAUCAAACGGUCAAGAUCUGGGAUAUGAGCAGUAACAGUGAUAGCAACUGCCUUAAGACAUUUGAAGUUUAUAAUAGCGAUGUUAUAUCAGUCGCCUUCUCAUCAGACGGCACCCGCGUGCUGUCCGGUUCAUUAUUCGGUGCAGUCAACAUCUGGGAUAAUGCCUGUCUUAAGGCGCUGAAUGGUGGCACUCGCAUAGCAUCAGUCUCAGAUGAUAGAACAUUUCGUGUUUGGGAUGUUGAUAGUGGUGUCUGUCUUCAUAUAUUUGAACACGGCAGGGUCAGCUCAAUUGUCUUUUCGCCCAAUGGCAGCAGUAUCGCAUCGGCCUCAGAUGACAAAACAAUCAAGAUCUGGGAUAUUACUAGUGGCAACUGUCUCACGACGUUUAAAGGGCACAGUGACAUGGUCCAAUCAAUUGCAUUUUCGCCAGACGCUACCCGUGUGGCGUCCGGUUCAGACGAUAAAAUGGUCAAGAUCUGGGAUGUCGACAGCGGCAACUGCCUCAAGACGUUCAAUGGCCAUGAGAGCAUGAUUAUGUCUGUUGCCUUCUCACCAGACGGCACUCGCGUGGUAUCGGGUUCGAACGAUAAAACAAUCAAGAUCUGGGAUGUGUAG